AUGUCACCUUCUCCGAACCCGUCGACGCCUCAGGCUUCUGGGAAACGCAAGCGUAGCUCUGCCGCGGCGGACAGCAUUGCCAACUCCAACAUCAAUACCGCACACCUCGACCCCGUCGACGCCGCCAUCAUGAACCAGGACCAGUUCAUCCAGACCGAGUCCCGCGACGCCUCGGCUGAAGAGGGCGAUGCCACCGCUGCCGAGUCUUCACGUCACAGAAAGACCGGCUCUGCCAGUAGUAGCCACCCGCCUAGUAAGCGCCAGCGCUCCAACGACGACCAGCCCUCAGAAGCUCCCGCCGCCGCCCCCGAUGCGAUAGAGCAGGCCCAGGCUAUCGAUCCCGGCGAGCCCAGUGAUACCACCGAAGCCAGCGAUGACAUUGCCGAAAGAGUCACCCGCAAGAGCAGCCGCAAGGCCACGGCCGGUCAGAACAAUGGCAGCGAAGACGGAGAGACAGGUGGCUACCCAAUAAUAUCCAAGGGCCCGGCAAUGGCACCACCGCCCAUUGGAAAGCUUACCCAUCCCGUGGGAUACAAGACGAACGAUCCUCCUGUGGGGAGGCCAGUCAGAGUGUAUGCGGAUGGUGUCUUCGAUCUGUUCCAUCUUGGACACAUGCGCCAGCUCGAGCAGGCAAAGAAGGCCUUCCCCGAAGUUUACCUCCUUGUGGGCGUGACAGGCGACGAGGAUACACACAAGCGCAAGGGCUUGACCGUUUUGUCAGGCAAGGAGCGUGCCGAGACCGUCCGGCAUUGCAAGUGGGUGGAUGAGGUUAUUGAGGACUGCCCCUGGAUUGUCACACCAGAGUUCCUAGAGGAACACAAGAUUGACUAUGUUGCCCACGACGACAUUCCCUACGGUGCUGACGAGGGCGACGACAUUUAUGCGCCUAUCAAGGCGGCUGGCAAGUUCCUGGUUACGCAACGGACAGAGGGUGUCAGCACCACUGGUAUUAUCACCAAGAUCGUCCGCGAUUAUGAAAAGUAUAUUGCCCGUCAAUUCAAGCGCGGCGCGUCGCGUCAAGAGCUCAACGUCAGCUGGUUAAAGAAGAACGAGCUUGACCUGAAGCGUCAUAUCCAGGAUCUGCGUGACAAUAUCCGCAGCAACUGGGCUACGACCGGACAGGAGCUUAGCAAGGAGCUGCGCCAGUUCUGGCCGUCUAGUCGGCCCCAGAGCCCAAGCCCUUCUGGGUUCCCCCGACUGCCUCCACAGUUGAUGGCUAUGGCGCAGAACGGCGGUAGCAGCGCCGAUGUUUCGAAUGCUACCAGUCCCAGCCCUCUUGGUCUGGCUUCAGGAUCCGCGCAAGCUGGUCCCUCCAACUUGGCGCCCAAGAGCCCGACACAGGCUGCUGCGCAGGCGGCAGGAAACGUAAACGAUUUCAUUACGGGCUAUACCCUUGGGCUGGUCGGUGGUGUGCGAUCUUGGCCGGACCCGGGGCCGAACCAGGAAGACGGUAGCCGGGCACCCAGCGAUGAUGACUCUGAAGAGGGUGACAACAAGAGAAGUAGCGAGAAGCAGAGGUCCAACGUCCCGGCUGGCUCCGGUACGGCUUCGGCCUCGGCUUCUACCAGCCGUGCUUAG